AUGGCAGCCCGCCAAGCGUUGACGCAGGACGACCUCUGCCGGCUGGUGUGCAGCUACCAGGCUGGCGUCUUCUUUGACGUGCGUCCGCGCUUCUGUGCCUACCACAACUCUGUGCUGUACGAAGCCGCUGCGGACGAAGACGAAGAGGCCGAGUACGUCGUCGACGACGGCUUUGCCACGAGCGCCAAACACCUCGUUCGGGAUGUUUCGGGCCAAGACAGUAUUGCAUCAAGCGAUUUGGGCCUCGCUGUUGACGAAGGGCCGGACGAUCGCUUCCCGCUGCACCUCGCCAUCGCCGAAGGGGCCCAAAGCGACGCGCUUCGCAUCCUCGCGUGCCGUCCGGACCUCGCCAGCGAAGAAGCCAUUGACGUGGCCAUCUUGCACAACCACAUUCCGCUCGCGCAAUGCCUCAUUGACGUCAAGAUGCAAUGGCCAGGCCUCGCUUGUCGCCGUUUCCCGAGGGGCUGGAGUCACCUCGAAAAGGUCGGGCGGUCGCUCAUCUACAGCGUCGUCGCGCGCGAUUCACCCGAGGCCUUUGACUUUCUUGUCGCGUACCAAGGCACUCUCAAGUGGCCCGAUGACCUCCUCAACCAUGCGAUUCGGUACAGCGCACCGGUGCUCGCUGCCAUCUUGUAUGCGAGCGACCCGGGCCUCGCCGACGAUCGCACGUUUGACGCUGCGGCAGCCAAGGGCUACUUGUCCUUGGUGCAGCAGCUCCACGCAGCUGGCGUCGCGUGCUCGACCAAGGCGAUGGACGAAGCAGCGAAGCAUGGCUUCUUGGACGUUGUGCGUUUCUUGCACGAGCAUCGGACGGAAGGCUGCACCGACGCGGCGCUCCGGGGCGCGAGCGAGGCUGGUCAUUUGGACGUCGUGCGCUUCUUGGUCGAUUUUCGAGCGGAAGGUGAUCUCAGCGCUGCGUUUGUAGCUGCCGCCAAAGCAGGUCACUUGCAUGUCGUCGAGUACCUUGGAGGCGUUCGCGACGGCUGCGUCCAUUUGAAAACCACGCGAGAGACGCGCUUUGGCCUUGUCGCAGAUGUGCUAGCGACUGGUGGCUUUGACGUCUUGCUCUACUUGUCGCAGUACGACCGCAUCUACCACCUACCCCGCGACUGCGACGACAUUACGGCGCUCCUCCAGAGUAAGGACCCGAUCGCCGCCGUUCGCUACAUCGUUGAGCGUGGCGUCCAGUGGAGAGCGGCUUGGAUGGACAAGGCGUGUGGCAUGGGCCACUGGGACCUCGUUCAAUUCUUCCACACGUACUCCCCCGCCAAGUGCACGGCCGACGCGUUGCAGAAGGCGGUGGCGUCGGGCGAUUUGGACAUUGCAGCCUUCCUCAUGGACCACUGCGACCGCGAUGGCUCGGCAGACGCGUUCACAAAGGCCAUCGAGACCGACAACGCACGCAUGCUCGAGUGUCUCUGGGACCGGUACCCGAAAUACCGCGGCGAGCAUUUGCUCCAAGCAGCGCACAGGAGCGGACGUGAAGCAUGCAUGGCAUUUCUACGCCAGCGCUACGAUGACGAUACUAGCGACAAGGAACCAGUGUAA